AAUCUCGUGCGUGUGUGCGCGCGCGCGCGCGCGUGUGUGUGUGUGUGUGUGUGUGCGCGCGCGCCCAGUGAGUGAAGCCGGCGGCGAGUUGGUCAAUAACCGCUGGAGCUCGCGAGAGCCGCUCUCCCAACCGCCGCAACACCGACACAGCGAGAGAGGCCAUGGGGAACCGAGUGGCCCGCGACGACUACGAGUGGGUGUCCACCGACCAACCGCACACCGAGCGCAGGAAGGAAAUACUCGCCAAAUACCCUCAGAUCAAGUCACUGAUGACCCCAGACCCUAACCUGAAAUGGAUUGUUGCGUUGAUGGUGGUGGCUCAGCUCUUUGUCUUCUUGCUGCUGAAGGAUUUGGAUUGGAAAUGGAUCAUCUUCUGGUCUUAUACAUUUGGAAGCCUCUUCAGCCACUCCAUGACCCUGGCCAUCCAUGAGAUUGCUCACAACGCUGCCUUCGGCAACAAGAGAGCGUACUUGAACCGCUAUUUUGGUAUGUUUGCUAACCUCCCUUUGGGUCUGCCCUUCUCCAUUUCAUUCAAGAGGUACCACAUGGACCAUCAUCGCUACAUGGGUGGUCACGGCAUCGAUGUUGACAUUCCUACUAAUUUUGAAGGUUGGUUCUUCUGUACCAGAUUAAGGAAGCUCUUUUGGGUCAUCUUACAACCAGUCUUCUAUGCUAUUCGUCCACUCUGGAUCAAUCCCAAACCCCUGACACAUUUGGAGAUCACGAAUGUAGCUGUACAGCUGAGCUUUAAUCUGCUAGUCUAUUACCUGAUGGGAAUCAAGCCUGUUGUGUACAUGCUGGCAGGAACUAUUUUGGGAAUGGGUCUGCACCCAAUCUCUGGGCACUUCAUAGCUGAACACUACAUGUUUCUGAAGGGACAUGAGACAUUCUCUUACUAUGGACCACUAAACCUGCUCACCUUCAACGUAGGAUACCACAAUGAGCACCAUGACUUCCCCAGUGUUCCUGGCAGUAAGCUUCCUCUGGUGAAGGAGAUUGCUGCUGAAUAUUAUGAUAAGAUGCCUCAAUACACUUCCUGGGGGAAAGUACUAUAUGACUUCAUCAUGGAUGACACCAUUUGCCCCUACUCCCGAAUCAAGAGAACAUUGAAGGAUGCCAAGCUGGACUAGGUUGAGCUCUGACCCCAGGCCUGAGGGUGGAGGAGGAGACAUCUCUUGCUGGCAGCUGCAAUUUUGUUUGAGUGCAAUUCUAAAAGAAUAAGACUUGUAUAACUUGAAUCAGCAGAGAUAUCAGUACUUACAAAGCAGUCUUUCAAGACAGGCUUGUUGACUUGGAUCAGCUGCCCAUUACUCAAUUACCUCCCCCAUCCCUGGCACAUUUUUCAAAUCUUAUCACACAAUGUCUUUGAGGCCUUCUCCCCAUUAUGUUAUAAUUGACAGUUUUAUAGCUUGCAUCAAAUGCUAAAAUUGAUACUUAAUUGUCAUAUAGCUUGUCACUGGAUUUUGUAUAAUUGUCUUGCCAAUCAGCGUCUUAAACUAGGCACUUCUGUCCCAAUAAAGUUAUGCAAUUAUUCAUG